AUGAAGCAGGAGGAAUCGACAGUCUGUGAGCUAAACUCAGUGGCGUCGCCUCCACCACAGCAACAAGCUGGCUAUCUAUACUCAAGCUGGCUGGCAUCAAAAUUCAAAAUGGCAUCCAUCAAUGAAUCACGGGCAAUGGAAGAUUCAGAUUCACACCCUGUAGGGUUGCAUUGUCGGGUUUGCGGGCGCGGGAGGUUGACAGACAGCGGGCGGCACGGAAGCAUGUCUGGUUUGACUUGA